AUGAGCCUCGGGGCCCAGGUACCCGGAUGGCCAUCCGACCCUCCCGGGACCCGCGGCAGCGGCACCGAUGCAGGGCGGAGAGCGGCUACCAGAGAUACGGAGUUACAAAGCACACGGUCACUGUCAGUGUCACAAUACCGUCAUAUGGGUGUAGUAACGUUGUCAGUUACCACUGUACCCGCUUUUUCGGUGACUCCACCCCGCCACCUCGGGGCGCCGUGGCUGCUGCCGGCGGGAGGGGUGCUGGGAGGGCUACAAUCUGCAGGUGACGUAGCAUCACAGUAUCGGCAGAUGCCGUCAGAGGAUGUGCCAGACGCAACUGCUGCCUGGGUACUGCCUGGUUCCACAUUUUACUCUAGGGCUGUACUAGCCCCGCCACCACCGCCGCGGCAGCCCGGCAACCGAGCCUCCAGUGGCCGUGAGGCUGAGGCAGGGAACGGCAGUUCCGGGAGUCGCCGGGUGAUGCACAGUGUACGUUACGCCGCCUAA